GGCGUGUCGGGUCGGUCGAAGGAUCGUGCAACUGCAACGUUAGAAUUGAUGUACAACAAUCACGAUAUGUUCAACGCGGAUGCGAAGAGCGGUCGAACGACCCUCUGGUUCAAAUACGUGGAUGAAAGGGGUUUUCGGCUGUUCCACUGCUUUCGCGUGUGGAUCAACA